AUGAUGGCAAUUGUUUUGCCAUCUACGCCUUGUAUGCGUAGUGUAUUGUUUCUACAUAAAGUACACAGAAGGUUUGCUACUGUGGAAGAUGUGUACCGCCUACGGCGCAAAUUCACAAGCCUUCGGCAUCAACAGAUAUCCAUAUCGCAAAAUCAUGAUUCCACGUUUGAUAGAAAUGUUGAUAUAUGGCAGUGACGGAGGGUAUCGCAUUGAACGAAUCCGAAACAUUGGUAUAAGUGCUCAUAUAGACUCGGGGAAGACCACUAUGAGUGAAAGAAUCUUGUUUUAUUCAGGUCGUAUCGCUUCAAUUCACGAGGUUAGAGGUAACGACGGUGUAGGAGCGAAAAUGGACUCUAUGGACUUGGAACGUGAACGCGGUAUCACCAUUCAAUCUGCAGUUACUAAUUUUAAGUGGUCUACUAGAAGAACGCCUACUGAAGCGCCAAAGGAUUACAUGAUUAACAUCAUAGACACUCCCGGUCAUGUUGAUUUCACUAUAGAGGUUGAACGUGCUCUUCGGGUAUUAGAUGGUGCCAUUUUAUUGUGUUGCUCAGUUUCCGGUGUCCAGUCUCAGACACUAACGGUAAACAUGCAGAUGGACAGGUACAGCAUACCCCGUAUCAUCUUCUUAAAUAAAAUGGAUCGUGAUGGAGCUGACCCAGACAGGGUGAUUUCUAUGAUACGACAGAAGUUGAACAUUGGGAUACUACAGCUACAACUUCCUAUAUAUGCAGGUAGCCGUUUCGAAGGCUUGAUAGAUGUAUUGGAAGAUUGUUCCUAUUAUUUCGAGGGUUCAAACGGUCAGACAGUUGUAAAGAAGGAUGUACCAGCUGAAUACAAAGAGGCGACUAUUUCACAAAAGUUAGCUGUUGCAGAAAGAUUGGCCGAUUUGGAUGAUCAAUUUGCAGAGGAGUAUCUUGAAAAUAGUUACAACCUUGAGUCAAUGCGCGCGGCUAUCCGGCGCUGUUGUCUGUCUCACAAAGCUUACCCACUACUGAUGGGUUCUGCCAAAGGUAACAAAGGGGUCCAACUUGCCAUAGAUGCGGUUUGUCACUAUCUACCAGCACCUUCGGAGGUAGUGCAACACGGUUAUAUCACUGAUGACCAAACGGAGGAACUUGAUGGUGGAUACAAACAGCCUUUGGUAGCAUAUGCGUUUAAAAUCCAAGACAGUCCUAUGGGACAAUUGACCUUUUUGCGUUUGUACCAAGGUAUGAUGCGCCGUGGGCAGCAAUUAUACUUGGUUGAGGAUGGCAAAAAGCAUUCUACAAAGAAGCUUUUUAAAAUGCAUGCUAGCGACACUGAGGAUGUUUCUGAGGCCUACAGUGGUGAAAUAGUUGCCAUAACAGGUUUGAAGUGCAAUUCGGGUGUUACAUUCACUGAUGGAAGGUUGCAAUUAACUAUGGCUCCCAUAUUCGUCCCUGAGCCGGUGGUUUCACUUGCCUUGAAAAAGGUAAAUACCAGUGAUAUGACGAAAUUAUCUAAGGCACUUAACCGUUUUAAGCGGGAAGAUCCUACAUUCAGGAUUGCGAUAGAUGAAGAGAGCAAGGAGACUGUUAUGAGUGGCAUGGGAGAGUUGCAUCUUGGUAUUUACGUUGAACGCAUGAAGCGUGAGUACAACCUCGCAGUUGAGACUGGGCCUCCCAUAGUAAACUACCGCGAAUCUGUCACUCGCAGGGUAGAUUUUUCCUAUACCCAUAAGCGUCAAUCUGGUGGUGCAGGUCAGUACGGCAAAAUUAUUGGAUACAUUGAGCCCAUUGGUGAUGAUGCAAAUCAGCAUCUGCAGGUUGAAUUUGUGAACAACCUCGUUGGUAACGAUGUACCACCGAACUACGUCCCACAUAUAGAAAGCGGAUUUCGUGAAUGUUGUACAAAGGGGCUAUUAUGUGGCCGUCAGGUUGUGAACACCAGGAUUGUCGUUAACGACGGUCAGUCCCAUGAGGUGGAUUCGUCUGACGUAGCCUUCAAACUCGCUGCCAAAGGAGCCUUUGACGAAUCGUAUAUGGACACAAACCCUAUUAUAUUGGAGCCUGUAAUGCAGGUGGAGGUUGUUACUCCUCAUGAGUUCCAGGCCGCCGUACUGUCUACAAUCACUAAACGUAAAGGUCUGGUUACGGACACUUCUACAUACGGUACUAACGUCAUCCUUCAAGCUCAAGUGGCGCUUCGUAACAUGUUUGGAUACAUCACGGACCUCAGAGCUGCAACCAAAGGUCAAGGUGAAUUCACAAUGGAGUUCAAGCUAUAUCAACCUAUGAAUGCGGCCGACCAAGAAGCGGUAGCUAAAGAGUAUCAAGAGAGCCUCAAAAAUUGAAAUACCAUCUUAAUGUUUUAUUUUAUCAUUGUAUAGGAAUAUAGUUGUUAUAUAUUUUGAUUACACCCUGAAUUGUGUUUCCAGUGAGGUACGACCGUUG